AUGGUAAAGGUAAAGACUAUUUGUAGAAACGAGAAAGAAUAUUAGAAACAGACUAAUAAUGACUUGCUGAAGGUAUACAGAAAUCCAACCAAGGCAAUUUUGCAUCCAUUCUAAAAGGCAAGAGAAUAUCAAAGAGCGAUGAAUGCAGCAAAGCUAGAGAAAAUAUUUGCAAAGCCAUUUAUUGAAGCAAUGAAUGAUCAUUCUGAUGGAGUCACAGUAUUAGCCAAGAAUAGAUAUAACCUAGUUGAUGUGAUAUCAGGAAGUGCAGACGGAGAAAUUAUAUAUUGGAAUAUGGGUGAGAGGAAAUCUAAGUUUAUCAUAAAUGCUCAUCACAACUUCGUAAGGGGUCUGUCUUUUGCUAACAAUAAAGCAUUGAGUGCAGAUAGUAUAUUUGUGUCCUCAGGCGAUGAUAAGAAAGUUUAGAUCUGGUCACUCUAGGGAAUCAAAGCUUAAUAUGAGAAGAAUGAGGGGCUAAAAGGAUUUAAAAACUAUACUCCAAGGGCUUCAUUCUUGAGCAAGCAUCUUCUUCAUAAUAUAGAUCAUUCUUAUGAUUAGAAUUUAUUUGCAACAUCUGGUUCAGUAGUGCAGAUUUGGUCUUAUGAGAGAUCAACUCCAUUGUAAACUUUUGAGUGGGGAGUUGACACAGUCACUAAAGUCAAGUUUAAUCCUUCAGAGACCAAUAUAAUAGCAAGUGUAGCUCUAGAUAGAAGUAUUGUUCUCUAUGAUAUCAGAGGAAACACUGCUCUUGAAAAAAUAGCCAUGAAAAACAGAUGCUCAGCUUUAUGCUGGAACCCUUAUGAACCAAUGAAUUUUGUUGUUGGUAAUGAAAAUUCAAACGUCUAUACUUUCGACAUGAGGAAAUUAGAAUCUGCUAAGAUGAUUCACAAAGAUCACAUUCAGGCAGUCCUUGAUAUUGAUUUCGCGCCAACUGGUAGAGAAUUUGUGACAGCGAGCUUUGAUAAAACCAUUAGAAUAUUUCCAUAUAAUGAUGGCAGAUCUAGAGAAGUGUAUCACACAAAGAGAAUGCAGCAGGUUAAUGCUAUCUUGUACUCAAUGGACAAUAACUUUAUCAUUUCAGGCUCUGAAGAUACAAACAUUAGAAUUUGGAAGUCACACGCAGCUGAUCCGAUGAAGCCCAUGCUUCCUAGAGAAAAGGAGAAGUUAGCUUACAAUGAAAAGCUAAAGAAAAAGUAUAAGUACAAUCAUGAGGUCAAGAGAAUUCUCAGACAUAGACACCUGCCUAAGUUUAUUGUUAAGAAGAAGAAGGUCAAGCAAAUUCAAAAGAUUAGCAAGCACAAGAAAAUAGAAAAUAUCAGAAAGAACAAUAGAUUAACAGAUGCUCCAUAUAUUCCAGAUAGAAAGAAGGAUUUGGAUACUGUUUAGGAUUGA